CGAAGAAGAAGUGAAUCUAAGCUGGUGAAACAGGUUUGUUUUUUUGCUGGAUGUCAUGGAUCAGAACCAGCAGAGCCCGGAACAGAACCUGGAACAGAACCUGGACAUGGAGCAGAACCGAGAGCAACCCGCCCUGGAGUCCAGCAGCAGCGGGACCGGAGCGGGCAGCGCUGCUGCGGAUCCAGCUGAUCCAGCGGUCCCGGUUCAGAAAAAUGGAAGCCAGGAAAAACUGAAACGCCACCAUUGUCAGCUCUGCAAAAAAGUGUUUAGAUGCUCAUCAAAUCUAACGAAGCACCAGAGGGUUCACCAAGAAGGAAAAUCAUACAAAUGUGAUCAGUGCGGGGCGACCUUUGGCCAACGAUGUCAUCUAAAGAUGCACCUACGUAUUCACACUGGAGAGAAACCAUAUAGCUGUGAUGAAUGUGAUGCAACUUUUAUCCAAUCAUGUGAUUUAAAAAUUCACCAGCGUGUUCACACUGGAGAAAAGCCCUACAGCUGUGAUCAAUGCGGCGCGUCUUUCACCCAAAGGCACCACUUGACGACACACAGACGUACUCACACUGGAGAAAAACCGUACAGGUGUGAUCAGUGCGGAACAGCUUUUACCACAUCAGGUAGUUUACAAAUACACCUACAUAUUCAUACUGGACGUAGACCAUUCAGGUGUGACGUUUGUGGGAAAGCUUUUGCCUCAUCAGGGAAUUUAAAACAACACAAAAGAAGUCACACUGGGGAGAAACCAUAUAACUGUGAUCAGUGUGGGGGAGCGUUCGCCUUACCAGGCGAUCUCAAGCGGCACCAACUUAUUCACACUGGAGAGAGGCAGUUUACCUGUGAUCAGUGUGGGGCAGCUUUCAUCAGAGCAAGUCAUCUAAAGAAUCAUGAACGUACUCACACCGGUGAGAAACCAUUCACCUGCGAUCAAUGCGGGGCGGCUUUCACCCAACCGGGCAAUUUAAAGAUGCAUAAACGUAUUCACAGUGGCGAGAAACCGCACAGUUGUCUCCAGUGCAGAGCAACUUUCACACAAGGUAGCCAACUACGGGUGCACCAGCGUAUCCACACUGGAGAGAAACCGUACAGGUGUGAUCAGUGUGCAGCAGCGUUCGCCCAACCGGGUGAUCUAAAACGCCACCACCGUGUACACACUGGAGAGAAACCAUAUGUGUGUGAUGUGUGUGGUAAAUCUUUUUCCUUCUCAGGUAAUCUAAACAAACACAGACGUAUUCACACAGGAGAGAGACCAUAUUGGUGUGAUCAGUGCAAGCGAACUUUCACCUUAUCAGGUGAUCUAAAGAAACACAAACGUAUUCACACGAGGGAAAAGCCAUAGAACUGUAAUCAUUGUGGAAGAGCUUUUCGUCAAACGGGUUAUCUAGCCAGUCUCCAGAUCUCAACCCCAUAGAAAGGCCCAGUCCCAAUCCCCCCCCUACCCCUCGUUUUCAUCCCUACCUCUAAAUUUUGCGCGUUCCCGUGAGGGUAGUUGUGUCCCAAUUCCUCUUUCCACCUAGGGGUAGUGGAGAAAACGAGGGUAGUGGCUAUGAAUCUUUCCCUACGGAUGUAGGGAUUUCCGAUCCUCACUAGUUGAUCUAGUGACAAAAAAAAUUCCCAGAAUGCUUUUCGUCGUCAUUUGCGGACUGAAUCCAAAAAAAAAAAAACAUGGCGGACAUUUCUUAUUUUUUUUAGUGAAUAAAAUCAAUAUUUUGAGUUAGUUUCUGCAUAAAAAUGCGUUUUGAUUACAUUUCUAGCGAGAAAUAUAUAUUUUACUUUCAUAAUAUUCACUCAGUGAAUGUAUAUAAUCACUCGUUUGCCCGUUGUUGCGAAGAUCACGCCAGAAUAAAGGCUGAUUUAUGGUUCUGCGUUAAACCAACGCGCCCGUACCCUACGCCGUAGGCUCUGUGACGAUUUAACGCCGAACCAUAAAUCAGCUCCAGAGCCGGCAGGCAGAAAUCUCGAAAAUUUCGGAGCAAAUUUCUUAACAGGCGUAGCUACAACUGUUAGAUUUCAUCUAUUCAACCAACAUUUAUCUUCCUAAAUGAUUUAUUUCAGCCAGCGGUAAUUCUCCACAGAGCUGCAGGUUUCUACCCCGGGACGACGGCGCAGGUUGACCCGGCCGUGAGCUGCUGCUGCUCCGAGCCGGCGGCUCUUCUCAUCCCGAAAACAUCAGAGCAAAUUUCUUAACAGGCGUUAUUUGGAUAAACUGAGCCCAUGUUGGGGAUCUUAACGGUUACUUUUACACCUGAAAAAAUAUUAAAACUUAAUAAAGUGGCAUAUUAACAGCGCUACAGCAGAAAUUAAAACAGCUUUUGGCUCUCAGCUUUCUGAUUUUAGGGGUGGUGCUGAAAGUAGGAGUAGAGGGAGUAUUGGGACAGGCCCCUGGGAAGAUUUCAAGUGCCCUAAAAUCUGUGGCUUCUUUUUUAGGGGUAGUGAUAGAAAGUAAGGCUAGUGAAAGAAAGUAGGGGGUGUAUUGGGAUCGGCCCAAAGUCUGUGUUUCCCAGCGACAGCCCCAAAACAUCACUGAUCUAGAGGAGAUCACGGAGGAAUGGACCAAAAUACCAGCAACAGUGAGGAAAACCUUGUGAAGACUUACAGAAAACGUUUCACCUCUGUCAUCGCCAACAAAAUGUAUACAACAAAGUACUGAGAUGAACUUUUGUUAUUGACCAAAUACUUAUU